UCAAACUAUUGUUUUCUCAUACUCCCAGUGAUGGAAGCCCUGGACAGAGCUCAGGCACUCCUCUUCUGUGACUUGUGUCAGAGAACUGCAUUACAGAGUCAUUGUGAACUUUGUCAGAUUAACUUGUGUAAGGCCUGUGUAGGGGAGCAUCUCUCUGAUGCAUCCAAAACACACAAAGUUGUACCAUACAAACAAAAAACGUCUACCCCUAACUACACAAAAUGUCCAAACCACACCAAGAAACAUUGUGAACUUUACUGUGAGAAAUGUGGCAUUCCUGUCUGUUCUACCUGCAUCUCCUCUAAUAAACAUGCUAGACAUAAAUUAAAAGAUAUUUUGGAAAGACCGUACUUGCUUAAAAAAACUUUGAACAUGGAUUUGAUAGAACUGGAAAAAAGAAUAUAUCCUACCUAUUUAGAAAUUGCAUCAGAUUUAAACUCUGAAAAAGUAAACUUGGAAACACAUUACGAGAAACUGGCAACAGCUGUCAUAAAACAAGGAGAAUACUGGCACAGAGAAAUUAACAUCAUUGUCAACAAACGGAAAUCUGAAAUUGAUGAGAUGAAAAAUAAACACCUGGCUGCUCUAAAUAAACAGGACAAUAAAAUCGAACAGAUUGCUUCUAAUGUUAAACGGAGUAUUCUUGAUCUAAAGAAAUUAUUAGAAACCAAUGAAGUCCCCCUAGCCUCUACCUACAAAUCCAAGAAUGCUGAAUUCAGAAAUUUCCCUCCUAAAGUCAAUGUCACAUUACCAAGUUUCUCUCCUCAACAGAUCAAUACCGUACAGCUCCAUCAAAUAUUUGGUUCUCUGUCAGCAUUUUCCAUUUUAACAGAUGAACAUGACUACACAAUGAAUACAUCAGAAGCUGUUUGCUCUCCUUCAAUCAACCUACUACUUGAUGAACCGGAGCUCAUCACCACCAUAGACACUGGGUGUGAUGAUCUAUACAGCGUUACCUGUCUCAGUAAUGAAGAAAUAUGGACAUGUGAAGAUAACAAAAAUAUGAAACUUUACAAUCUCCAGGGCAAACUACUUAAGUCAAUACAAACGGGGUCAGGGGAAAUACCAAUCGACAUAGCAGUGACAAAGAGUUUAGAUCUUGUUUUUACUAACCCUAAUACAAGAACUGUAAACAUAGUUAAAAAUGAUAUGAUACAGGAAGUGCUCAGACUAGAGGGGUGGAUACCUUACUAUGUUUGUAGUACCUCCUCUGGUGACCUCCUGGUUAUUAUGAACAGUGAUGAUUACGAACAAUCAAAAGUUGUCCGCUUCUCUGGCUCAACUGAGAAACAAACCAUUCAGCUUGAUAGUAAAGGUAAAUCUCUGUAUUCAUCUGGUUACGUUAAAUACAUCAAUGAAAACAGGAACUUGGAUAUCUGUGUCGCAGAUUAUGGCGUCUGUGCAGUAGUGGUGGUUAAUCAGUCAGGAAAUCUCAGAUUUAGAUACACUGGUCAUCCUUCUUUUACCAAGGGAACAUUUAUUCCAGUCGGCAUUACAACAGACAGCCAGAGUCAGAUACUGACAGCAGACAGUAACAACCACUGUAUCCACAUCCUAGAUCAGGAUGGAAGGUUCCUCCGUUACAUUGAUAAAUGUGAUCUAAAGUAUCCAUGGGGUUUAUGUGUAGACACCAGCGACAACCUCUUUAGCCAUCUGAUUUUUUAUCCAAACCCCGUGAUGGACCCCCUGGACAGAGCUCAAGUACUCCUCCUCUGUGACCUGUGUCAUAAAGCUGCAUUACAGAGUCAUUGUGAACUUUGUGAGACUAACAUGUGUGAGGCAUGUGUAGGGGAGCAUCUGUCUGAUUCAUCCAAAAGACAUAAAGUUGUACCAUACAAACACAGAACUUCAACUACUAACGUUAACUACCCAAAAUGUCCAAAACACACCCAGAAACAUUGUGAACUUUACUGUGAGAAAUGUGACAUUCCCGUCUGUUCUACCUGUCUCUCCUCUGAUGAACAUCAUGGGCAUAAAUUAACAGAUGUCUUACAGAAUCCCAGCUUCAUUAAAGAAAUUUUGAACAAGGAUUUGAAGGAACUAGAAAAAAGAAUAUAUCCUACAUAUGAAGAAAUAGCAUCAGAUUUAAAGUAUGAAAAACUUAACUUGGAAAAACAUUAUGAAAAACUGACAACAGCUGUCACCAAACAAGGGGAAGUUUGGCACAGAGAAAUUAACAUCAUUGUCAACAAACAGAAAUCUGAAAUUGAUGAUACGAAAACUAAACACCUGGCUGCCCUAAAUAAACAGAAAAAAGAAAUCAACCAGAUUACAUCUGAAGUAAAAGAGUGCAUCCUUGAUCUGAAAAAAAUACUCGACUCCAAUGAUUUCUCCGUAACCUCUGCUGCUUACAAAUCCAGAAAUGCUGAAUUCAGAAGUUUACCUCCUAAAGUGAAUGUAACAUUACCAAGUUUUUCUCCUAAUCCGAUCAUUACAGAACAGCUCAAGCAAAUGUUCGGUUUUCUGUCAGCAUUUUCCCUAACAACAGAAGAACAUGGCUACACAAUGAAGACACCAGAAGCUGUAUCCUGUCCUCCAGUUAAACCCCUGCUUGAUGAACCAGAACUCAUCACCGCCAUAAACACAGGGUAUGAAUUUCUACGCAGUGUUACUACUUUCAAUGAUAAAAAAAUCUGGACAAGUGGAGAUGACAAAAUUAUGAAACUCUACAACCUCCAGGGCAAACUGCUGAAGUCAAUCCAAACCAAAUCUGGGAACAGAUCCCAUGAUAUAGCAGUGACAAGGAGUGGUUAUCUAGUUUAUACUGACCCUGAUACAAGAACUGUAAAUAUACUGAAGAAUAAACAGAUACAGGAAGUGAUCAGACUUCAAGGGUGGAAGCCUUUCUUUGUCUGUAGUACCUCCUCUGAUGACCUCCUGGUUACCAUGCACAGUGAUGAUUUUAAACAAUCAAAAAUCGUCUGCUACUGUGGCUCCACAGAGAAACAAACCAUUCAGUUUGAUAGUGAAGGUAAACCUCUGUAUUCACCUGGUAACCUUAAAUACAUCAGUGAGAACAAGAACCUGGAUAUCUGUGUGACUGACUAUAGAGCCAGUGCAGUAGUGGUGGUUAAUCAGGCAGGCAAACUCCGAUUUAGAUACACUGGUCAUCCCUCGACUACCAAGGGAUCAUUUGAUCCAUGUGGCAUUACAACAGACAGCCAGAGUCAGAUCCUGACAGCAGACAGUGACAAUGACUGUAUCCACAUUCUUGAUCAGGAUGGACAGUUCCUCUGUUUCAUCGAUAUCUGUGAUCUACCAUGUGGUUUAUGUGUAGACACCAGAGACAACCUCUUCGUGGCAGAGUAUCUCAGUGGUAAAGUGAAGAAAAUAAGAUACAUGUAA